AUGUUUGGUUUAACGUUCACGGUGAAGUAUGUGAGGCCAAGUCGGCCAAUUUGCUUCUCAAUUGUUGGAUGUGAGUUUUUAAUUUCUUUUGUGAAAAAAAGCUACAUGUUUUUGGGUCACCGAGAGUUCGGGUGGCCAAUAAUUUGCGUCACAGUGCACUGCAGUGCCUAUGUAGCGAUGUCAUCAUAUUUUUUCUGCUAUUACUGGUGCAAUAGGGUAAAUAUUAUAGUUUUUCGGAGAUUUCGUUUCUCAAUUCUGAGCUAUCCCCUUGGUUCUAAUCUUGGGAUUUUUAUUUUUCCGUGUCCCUACUUUUCGGGACGACGACAGUUCGGUCAGCACAAAACCGAUCUAUACGGGGCGGUGGAUACACAUGAGAACGUAAAAAAAGGUUGUAGGAGGUGUCUACGAGUUUUGGCAAAGACACUUCUUUAUCUGCGAAGGCUCGGCGGAGACUUGGCGAAGACUUUCAGUAUGACUUUUUUUUCCAACCUUAGCUAUUGCUAACCUUAUUUUUCUUGACCCUGAGUUAUUGUACCACAUAAAAUGCCGAAAUGUGCGGCACAAAACGAAGAUCUGUAACUUUUAUCUAACUUUAUUGAUUAUUGAUACACGCAAAAUACCUCAAAAUAGCUAUCCAAGGACCCGAUCAUUUAUUAUUUCUACUAACUAAGCCUUCUCCUGGCCUUUCCCAUGUACACAACGACGAACCAGCGCGAUUCAUAGUAUCGUUAACCCGAACUGUCGCUGACCCGAGAAGUUGUACGCGAUUUUUCACAAAAUUGAUAACACAUUUCUUCAGUACUGAGCCUCAUGUCCACCUCAUUCUUUAUUACCGCUCUGGUCAUUAAAUUCCAAGACGAGGUGGAUCAGGACGUCAUCGAUCAAUUUGGCGAUAUUCUAAGUCCUCGUUCUUUUGAGAGUGUUCCAAAUACGACCAACAUCAUCAGGAGAUCAAGCUUAUACAAGAUUGUCGGAUACUACGCCGACACGUUUAUGACGUACAUCGCUGCUUGGUUCGUUGCCGCAGGGCUUUUAUGUGCUUUCAAUUUGUUUGGCAGGAUAUUAUACUCAUGGAAUGUGAACUUGAUACCAAAUCAUAAAUAUUAUCUGUGA